UUUUAGGAGGCUCGGUAAAAUGGUAGGAAACUGGAACAGGAGCUGUAACAGUACGUUUCAACAAGAAGUGUUACCUCCCAUCUACGGUGUGGAGAUGUGUGUGGCGCUGGUGGGGAACAUACUGGCGCUGUGGCUGCUUGUGACUAAGGAGAAGAACUGGCACAUGGGAGUGGUGUUCUCCUGCAACCUGGUCAUCAGUGACAUCUUUUACGCCCUCACUCUGCCCCUUCUUAUCGACUACUAUUCAAGAGGUCGACAGUGGAUAUUUGGUGAUGCUGUCUGCAAAAUAGAGCGCUUUCUCUUCUCCUGUAACCUCUACGUCAGCAUUUACUUCAUCAUGUGCAUCAGUGUUCAUCGAUACCUGGCCAUCGUUCAACCAAUCUUCAUGCGCAAACACAUUCGCCCAAAACACGCCAAGAUCAUCAGUGUGUUCGUCUGGAUCUUUGUGGCAAGCAUUUCAUCUCCACUUCUCUACUUUUCAGAUGUCUAUAAUGCCAAAUGUUUCGUAUAUGCAAAUCUAGAUAAAAAAUCAAGCCUAAAGUCUACCUACAGGGUGUUUAUGGGUGUUAUAGGCUGCUUUGUCCCAUUUGUAAUUACUUUUUCAUCAUAUUUUGGUGUAACAAUGGCUGUUUAUAAAAAUGCAAAUAUCACCUCACUCCAGAAGAAAAAAGUGGCUCUGAUUAUUGGAUUAGUCUGUGUCUUGUACACUCUGUCUUUUGUCCCCUAUCACAUUUUACAGAUAGUGAAUUUUAAACUGAGAGAAAAAGGCAAGACUAAUUGUUAUGUGCGUAAUGGAUACCAAGUGUCAAUGGCAUUAGUUUGUCUGAACAUGUGCCUCCAUCCCAUCCUGUAUAUGGCUGUGUCUGACAGUAUCAGGGCAGUGUGCUGUAGAAGGAGCUCAAAUGUAUCAAACUUAUAA